AUGACUCAGCAGCAGCGCCCGUCCCUCGUCCUCUCUUCUAGCUGUGUUGACGACUGCACUCACAGCCCGCACAAUGCCCCGGUUACAGCCCCUGAUUCCCCUGCUGCGGCCCCUGGCAGCCCCCCGAGCAGCCACAUGCCACCACUUGCGCUUCUCCACCGCGACGAGACUGCGAAUCUCCAACCACAGUCCGCCCAACGCGCCGCCGACCUCGCCGCAGCAGAAGCCAUCACCGAGUCGGACAGCGCCCAGCCCGCCUCCCCCAAGCCCGCCCUCCCCUCGCAGCACCCGCCCUUCUCCAAAGCCAAGACGCUCAAAACGACCGCGCGCGAAAAGCGAGACGCCCCCACCACAACCUUCCAGCCCGCAACCCACAUCGAGCUCCCGCCCCCAACCUACCACAUCGCCCGCACAAACACAAAGAACCUGCCCAUCUACACCGACUACAAGCGCGGCGGGAACCUGCACCUGACCACCAUCCGCAAGAUCACGGGGGACUUGUCGGCGCUGCGGGACGAGCUGAGGGUGUUUUUGAACAAGAAGAAUGAGGAUGUUCGGAUCAAUGCGCUGACGGGGCAUGUUAUUGUUAAGGGGCAUUGUACGGGGCAGGUCAAGCAGUUUUUGCUGGCGAGAGGCAUGUGA